AUCUUGCAUCAACAGCUCCGAUCAGACCAGCAAGUAAAUCUGAGGGACUUUUAUUAGUAGCUCAUGAUUCAUGCUAGCACUGUUUCCUCUGCCUUGGAAUUCCCAUCUAGUUAUGUCCAGUUUUUAAACCCUGGAGUUUGUAUUGGUCUUAGUCUUUUUCUUACCCCUGAAUCGACAGCUGUAUGCGCUUGUUAUCGCUGCUAAGGUGUACUUGAGUCAGUCAGUAUGAGCGGUGGCCCGUUAUACCUCGGGUUCGAUCUCUCGACCCAGCAAUUAAAGGCAAUUGUAAUUGCUUCAGAUUUAAAAGUAAUUUCUGAAGCCAAGGUCGACUUUGACGCUGAUUAUGCUACGAAGUACAAGAUCACAAAGGGAGUACAAACGAACGAAGAUGAGGGCGAAGUCUACCAACCGGUGGCCAUGUGGGUUGAGGCCGUAGACCUCGUCCUCACACGCCUAAAGGAGAAGGGAUGUCCUGUGGAGCAUAUAAGAGGCAUUAGCGGCUCUGGUCAACAGCAUUCGAGCGUGUACUGGAGCGCGCAUGGCGAGUCUGCGUUGAAGAAACUCGAUGGUGGGAAGACGUUGCUCGAGCAGCUUUCUGACGCCUUCGCCUAUGAAUUUGCGCCGAAUUGGCAGGACCAUAGCACGCAGACCGAAUGCGACCAUUUCGACGCGCACUUGGGCUCGAAACAGAAGCUGGCUGAUGCCACGGGAAGUGCCGCUCAUCAUCGUUUCACAGGGACCCAAAUUCUGAGAAUGCGAAGAAGACGCCCCGAGGUGUACAGCAACACCGCGCGCAUCUCGCUCGCAUCCUCAUUCCUCGCAUCACUGUUCCUCGGCGCAAUCGCACCAAUAGACAUAAGUGACGUCACAGGCAUGAACCUCUGGGACAUCGCGGGCGAGAAAUGGAACGAAUCACUCCUAGAACUAACCGCAACGAAAGAAGGCGUGCCGGAGCUGCGGAAGAAACUAGGCGACGUGCCGAUCGACGGGGGCGGCAGCCUAGGCGGGAUCUCGGCGUACUUCGUGCAGCGGUACGGGUUCAGCCCAACGUGCCAAGUCGCGCCCUUCACAGGCGACAACCCCGCCACGAUCCUGUCUCUGCCGCUACGGCCGCUCGACGCCAUCGUCUCCCUCGGCACUUCUAGCACGUUCCUCAUGAACACCCCGAAUUACAAGCCGGAUCCGUCUUACCAUUUCAUGAACCAUCCCACCACGAAGGGACAUUUCAUGUUCAUGCUAUGCUAUAAGAACGGCGGUCUCGCCCGCGAAAAAGUCCGUGAUACCCUCCCGAAACCGGGGGGCGCGGAUCCGUGGGACGGGUUUAAUAGGCGGGUGCUUGAGACGCCGCCGUUGGGGGUGGCGAAGGAGGGGGACACCGCGAAGUUGGGGCUGUACUUCCCGCUCCCGGAGAUCGUGCCGAAUAUCAAGGCGGGGACGUGGCGGUAUAUAUGUAGCGCCGAGGACGGCGCCGGGUUGAAGGAGACGGGGGAUUGGGGCCCGGAGGCGGACGCGAGGGCUAUCGUCGAGUCCCAGGCUCUGUCUAUGCGGCUGAGGUCGCAUAACCUUGUUUCCUCACCAAGCGACCGUCUGCAUUUACCCGCGCAGCCGCGGCGGAUUUAUCUUGUUGGUGGGGGGUCGCUGAACCCGGCUAUUGCAAGGGUUAUUGGCGAUGUGCUCGGGGGUGCGGAUGGGGUGUAUAAGCUUGAUGUUGGGGGCAAUGCGUGUGCGCUUGGGGGCGCGUAUAAAGCGCUCUGGGCGCUUGAGCGCAGGGAUGGGGAUGAGAGUUUCGAUGAGCUGAUUGGGGAGCGGUGGAGGGAGGAGGAUGCUGUUCAGAAGGUCGAUGAUGGGUUUCGUGAUGGGGUCUUUCAGAAGUAUGGCAGGGUGUUGGGGGCGUUUGAGGAGAUGGAGAAGAGGAUUUUGGAGGUUGCUCAUAAUUAGAUGGAUGGAUUUAGGGUAAGGGAAUGAGAAUAGGAAUGAGAAGGGGAGUUUAGAAUAUCUGAGAAUUUAUUUAGAAUAGGAGAGAGAGGAAGAGUAGGGUCUAGAAAUAGAUUGGUCGCUUACACACAAGUAGUUUGUUAGAGCGCCGGUUGACAUGAUCCACGGUGUGACUUCGUCGCAUCUUAGCGGUCCCAUAGCUCAGUUGGUUAGAGCGUCGUACUAAUAUCCUCCUGU